GGGUGCAACGAUACGACAAUUGUGGCAUCACCAUUAAACCAGAGCGGGCUUCAACUUCCACAAGGUGUAGAAUCCUCAUCUGAAAGUAUGCUGUGUCGUCGUCUUUUGUUCUGGAUCUUACUGCGUUGUGCAGAUUGCUUUAGUGUCACGGUCCCCUCCAGUCCUGUUCUCGGGGUGCGUAGAGCCACAGCACAUCUUCCCUGUGCGUUUGAACCAGUCUCUGACCUCUCUGAUUUGGUGAUCACAUGGCAACGGGAGGAAGACUUACAGGUGGUGCACAGCUUCUACUACGGGACAGACCAGCUCGAAAGACAAGGCCGUGAUUAUAUAAACCGGACGAAGUUAAAUCACAAGGAGAUUCCUAAAGGAAACGCAUCCCUGAGUAUAGCCAAGUUUGGACUGAAGGAUGCAGGAAAGUAUGUGUGCGUAGUGAGCAACUCCAAGGGAACUGACAGAGGAGUGGUGCAUUUGGUUUACGCGGCCUUCUAUUCCGAGCCGAAGUUAAGCAUCCUUCUCAAUUCCACCGAUGUGACUGUCCAGUAUGAGAUGGAGGCCUACCCGAGGCCAGAGGUCAUGUGGCAGGGGUCAGGAGGUCAGAAUCUCACUGGCCAAGUGGAGGUUUCAUCUGAAUCAGACGGAGGAGUGUUCUACUUAAAAAGCAGCUACAUGACCCAGAGUCCAGUCUUCAAUGUCACAUUUACUCUUAAAAACCCUGCUGUGCAUCAGAAGCUACAGAGGCAUGUUAAGGUCUACAUCAGCGAUGGUAAGCACUUCUCUCUGGGAUAAGAAUGUAUUUAAUUG